GAGCGUACUCACCCCCGUCCGGAUAAGCGAGCGACCACGCUCGAAGAGAGAGAAAGACGGAGAGAGAUAGAGAGAGAAAGAGAUGGCGAUCAUCGCACUGAAGCCAUCCCUGGCCUCCUUCUUCACCGGCGGCGGCGCCACCCCUCGCCUCCUCCAGCCGCCGUCCUCCUCCUCCUCCCCUCGCCUCCUCACCAGAGCCUCCUCCUCCUCCUCCUCCUCUUCGUCCUCCGCUUCUUCUUCUUCUUCUCCGUCUUCGUCUUCUUCGUCGGAGCAGUCGGCUUCGGCUCCCGUCGGUCGCAGGCAGUUCGCGACGCUCACUUCCCUGUCGCUGGCCGCUUCUCUCGCCGCCCUCCCGGCGGCGAGGGCGGACGACGACGGCCUCUCCGAGUGGGAGAGGGUGUACUUGCCGAUCGACCCCGGCGUCGUCCUCCUCGACAUCGCUUUCGUCCCCGACGACUCGAGCCACGGUUUUCUUCUGGGGACCAGGCAGACCAUUUUGGAAACGAAAGAUGGCGGAAGCACUUGGGUUCCACGUUCGAUAGCUUCAGCAGAAGAUGAGGAUUUCAACUACAGGUUUAAUUCCAUUAGCUUCAAAGGAAAAGAAGGAUGGAUUGUUGGAAAGCCUGCUAUUCUUUUGUACACCUCGGAUGCCGGAGAAACCUGGGAUAGAAUACCGUUGAGCUCUCAACUUCCUGGAGACAUUGUAUACAUCAAGGCAACUGGAGAAAAGAGUGCUGAGAUGGUGACAGACCAAGGGGCAAUAUAUAUCACAUCGAACAAAGGCUAUAACUGGAGGGCCGCGGUUCAAGAGACUGUUUCAGCCACCCUGAAUAGAACAGUUUCCAGUGGGAUCAGUGGUGCGAGUUACUAUACUGGAACUUUUAACACAGUUAACCGGUCACCUGAGGGAAACUAUGUCGCUGUCUCCAGCCGCGGUAAUUUCUACCUGACUUGGGAGCCUGGGCAGCCAUUUUGGCAACCCCAUAAUAGGGCAGUCGCAAGAAGAAUUCAAAACAUGGGAUGGAGGGCAGAUGGUGGUCUUUGGCUUCUUGCUCGUGGCGGUGGACUUUAUCUCAGCAAAGGCACUGGAAUCAGGGAGGACUUUGAAGAGGUCUCUGUACAAAGUCGUGGUUUUGGAAUUCUUGAUGUUGGCUACCGUUCCCUGGAAGAGGCUUGGGCAGCAGGGGGUAGUGGGAUUCUAUUGAGAACAAACAAUGGUGGCAAGACAUGGAUCCGUGAAAAAGCUGCUGACAACAUCGCUGCCAAUCUUUAUUCAGUAAAGUUCAUAAAUGACAAGAAGGGAUUUGUGUUGGGUAACGAUGGUGUACUCCUCCGGUAUCUGGGAUGAAGUUGCAUCUUCUAGGUGCUUUAAAGUUUGUGAUGAUUUUCUUUCUGAGCAGCCAAUACACCAUCUUCCCGUAAGUUUAUAGAUUAAGUUCUCUUUAUUUGUAUGUUGGAUUGCCAAUCUGAUCGCAUCCACGGGGCCAAUUUGCUUCGUGGUUGGAUGACCAUUCAAGAUAAGAGAUUGAACAAACUUUCUUGUAGAUGAACAGAUACCCUUCACUUAUGUCUGAUUUCUGGCCGUGCUAGCCAAUUUUUAUUCUUCAGGCCUGUGUUGUAUUGCAUUAUAAGAAGUUUUGUAAGCCCAUAUCUCGCUGAUAUGCUCUUAUGCCCUUUAUACCUUUUGAUUACA